GGGACGGACCGGUAGACGAGGGCAGAGAGUAAAGGAGAGAGGGUGGGCAAGUGGCGCGGGAAGCUGCAGGCAGCGGCCUUCCAGCGGAGUCUGGAGGGGUGCGGGGCUGCUCCCUUCGCCGACCUGCUCUGUGAGAGGUUGCUCCGGGUGUGUGUGCGGGGGUGUCAAGAAGGGCUUGUCAGUGGCCGUAUUUUUUCUCUGGGCGACCUGGGCUUCCUUUCUGUCGGUCUGGGCUUCCCCGAGUGUCGCCUGAGGCGGCAGCCUGCGACGGGUUGUCCCCUUUUGCGGGUCGGGCCUGCACCCAUCGUGGGUGCCCGGCUAGCGAGGUCGUAGCAAAAGGUGCACACCUUUUGUGAAGGGUUUUGUGGGCUCUUCUGGUGUCUUUGUGCUACCGAGAUGCCGCAGUUGAGGUCAGGGAAGGUGGUGAGAGCCAGCGAGGUGGAGCGGGUUGACCCGGAGGUCAGCAGCCCCGGCUCUUCGGGAGCAGGGUACGCGCCAGGGGAAAAGCUGGUAGUCAAGCAGCGUCCUCGCCUGGCGCCCAAGAGGAAGCUUGAGCAGUCCUUACCUUCUUUUCUACAACUUGCCGGGCUCUCUGGUGCUUCCUUUAAGUGUUUUGCUCUUCCUGUGCCCGUGCGGAAGGAGCAAGGUGAGAACAGACAGAAAUUCCCAGGUAAAAAAACCAAGGGAAUCCAACACAGGAAGUCUCCCAGAAGCAAGGGUGUCGUUUCACCAGUUUCAGACGCAGGUGCGUGUGAAGAUUGGCAGGCAGCAGGCUCCGCUGCAGCUAUGUGCUGGGAAGAGACUCAGAGAGGGACAGGUCAAAGUCAACAGCUGCUUUUCUCAGGAUCUGCUUUGCAGAAUAAGUUGUCAGCAGGGAUUGAAAGGAAUGCAAAUUGCUCAGAAGGCCUGAACUUCUCAGCCUUACACAAGGGUUCAAGGGGCUCGGGAAAAGAAGGCAAACAUUCCUGUAUGAAAACAAAAUUACAAGUCCCAUCCUUGAAGGGGGAAAUUGAAAGCACAGAGAGACGUGGAAUAUCCUGUUUUCCAGAACCAGGUUUUCAGCCCAAAAAAGUCACAUGGAAUACCAAAGUGGAAUGCAUUGAUUCCAUAAUGACACAGACUAUGCAAAUCCCAGAUUUUGGGAAGACUUUGCGUGCUCAGGAAGCCAUGCCUGAACCAAAACCUCAGGAAGAGGUUGAUAUACCAGAGAAGUUGAAUGGGUGUCCAUUAGUUGGAUCAAGAACACUAGGCAGGCAUGAAGAAGAAAGGACAUGCUUGGGCAAGAAAGGCAGGAGAUCAGUGGUGAAACCAAAAGUACGUGGUCCCAGAGAGAGGGGUAGUUCUGCCUUGCUAGAACAGCCUACACAGUGUCCAGAGUCCAGGAAAGGAACUCUGAGUAUGAGGAACAGAAGUGCAUUGCUGUCACAGCAGCUGCAGGAUCUGAGUGGACAAGAACAACUAAUAACCAGAAGGAAGACUCAGAAGCAUUGCAUGAAAGAGGAGCAGCGGAGCUCAAGCUCUCAGAAAGGACCAGACAGCCCAGGGGAAAGUGCAGAGGAACAAUUGAAAGCAAUUGAGCAAGACUCUGGUACUUCACAGUCUGUGAAGAAGGUUAAGACGAAGCAAAACGGGGCAGAAGAUUCUCAGGAAAAGGAAUCUCACUAUUCUAGAUCUUCUACAGCUUCUUCUUCGGGUGACACUGAGAGCAAGAGCUUUCUAUGCCAUGCUGUAACAAAAGAGCUUGGCGUGCAGUGUAGAAAAAGGCAACGCAGAUCUAGUCAAAUCAAGCACUUGCAAAGUUUAAGUGUGACUUCAGCUGAAAAAGUGAUGAAUACAUGUGCAAAAUGUGAUGCUGAACAUGGCAGUGGUGUCCUGCACCAGUGUAGUGGCUUGCUCUGUGCAACCCAAAAGAAUCCAUUUGUGAUGUUAGAGGAUUGUAGUUACAUCAAUACAUUAGUGAAGCCUUCAGCUACUGGAACUGCCAACAGUUAUAAAUUAAAUGGAUUCUUCCAUGUAGCCCAUGGUACUGGAGACCUGAAUGAUGGAAUUUGCAGCACUAGUAGAAUGCAGAAGGAGAGAUCACUCAUAAAAGGUGGUUUAUCAUCUAAUAAAGAAAAGAAUGAAAAUAAAGAAGGCUGUGUUUCAUGCUGCCUGAGUGAAGGCAGUAAGUGUUUAAGGGGAAAAAACUGGAAUAUGGGUAGAAAGCCUGGAAAAAAGAUGAAAACCACAGAGAAAUCUGCAGACAUGGCUACUAAAUGCGAGAAGUGUGAGUUACAAACAGGAGCAGCCGCUGCCAUGUCAAGCUCAUUUGCAGUUUCAGGACUAAAUCAUAGUCUCUCAGCUUCAUGUGAUCGUACAUCAGAUUUUGAUGCAGAAAAAUAUACUCAUGACAUACAAACUGUAUCAGCCUGGAGAAAGAACAGUACCAAAUUACUUGCAUUUGAAACUGGCUUUAAAAAGACAUCUGAGCUCUCUGUAAUAGCAAAAGGAGAAAAUUCAAGCAGUGUGGCACAUUAUGCAGAUGCCUCAGAUAGCCUGAGAGUGUUAGCUCAGAUCCAUGAUGUGUCUGAUCAUCACAAAAGCAAGACAGGAGGAAACUUGAAAAAAGUUAGUAAGAAAAUGCAGCAGUUUGCCUGUCAAAGAACAAUACCCAUGACUGGUAAAAAAGUUUGGCCUGUUGAAUCUUGUGCCAGGACUUCUCAAUGGUUUCUUAAAAAUCAUAGGUCCAUCUCAGAAGGAAAAAUACUUUUGAAGGAUGCUUUUGGAGAUUCCUCUGAUAAAAGUAGUGUUAAAGCUGUAGGACAUAGUGCGAUAACUGAGAGUGUGAGACAGCUGGAUUUGUAUGCAUCAUCGGCAGGAAUUACAAGAGAAAUUACACAUAAAAUGAUUGAUCCAAAUAUUGACUGUCAGGCUUCACUUGAAACAAUGGAAUCCUCUUCUGUGGAUAUUUAUGAGACUUUGACAAUGAACAAUGAAAAUGGGGAAUCACCAGUUAAUACAGAUAGAAGUGCCCUGGCUUUUAACCAUGAUGAUGCGCAAGAAGUUAAAGCAACCUUGAAUUUUACAGCAAAACAAAAAUACGAAAAUGAAGGAGAUGUAACAGAAAGAAACCUGUCUGUGACAGUCCAGAAUGAUACAACAAAACAGAAGGAUAAAAAUGAAGGAAAGGUGACAGACAGAAACCUGUCUGUGACAGUCCAGAAUGGUACAACAAAACAAAAGCAUAAAAAUGAAGGAGAUGUGACAAAUAGAAAUGUGUCUGUAACAGUACAGAAUGACACAACAAAACAGAAGGAUAAAAAUGAAGGAAAGGUGACAGACAGAAACCUGUCUGUGACAGUCGAGAAUGGUACAACAAAACAAAAGCAUAAAAAUGAAGGAGAGGUGACAAAUAGAAACGUGUCUGUAACAGUACAGAAUGAUACAACAAAACAAAAGCAUAAUAAUGAAGGAGAGGUGACAAAUAGAAACCUGUCUGUGACAGUCCAGAAUGAUACAACAAAACAGAAGGAUAAAAAUGAAGGAGAGGUGGCAAACAGAAACAUGUCUGGGACGGUCCAGAAUGGUACUUCCACAAGUAACACCAACAGUAUGAACUUCAGCCCUGAAGUAUCAGUAGUGAACCAGACAUUUUCUGAUUUAAACCUAAUUAAACCAUUAACCUCUGGAAGCCUGACAAAAUUCAAAAUUCCUUUAUGCAGAAACAAACGUGAAUCCAAGAAACCGGAGUCUGUCCAUUCAUAUGAAAGCAAAACUUGUAGUCCACUAGAGCUCCUUGAAAGCACUAAUCCAGGAAGGCAGAAGACAGGUGAAGAGACUCUCUUGGUAAAAUCUGAGCACUGUCCUCUUCCUGUCAUGAGUGAUGCUACUUCUCCAACUUUGAUACAGAAAAAAGCAGAUGAGAUUGACAGUAAGGACUUCCAGCACAGUGGCUCGGUAAACCUCUCCAAUGAGAUGUCUGUGCUCCCUGGAAGUUUUUCUGCGUAUCCGCAUCCUCUUCUUGAUGGACAACCAGAGCCAUCUCUGCCUGAUUUCUGUGGUACUGAAUGUGUGCUGAAAUCUAGUUUUCCUGAUCAUUCUUGGAAUGCAGUCAACCACAUUGUUGGAUUAGAAGUAAAUCGUGAUAGAAAAUCGAGAGGGAGUUUUUCAGAACACAAAAGUCAAAAUGUACUGGAUGUCCUUGAAGCUUACAACCAAGAUGUUCUUGUCAUUGAUGUGAUUCAGGAUGACCCUGACCUUUUUGGAACCGGUAAUGAAGAGGAGCUUGCACCUGCGCACUGUGAAAAUUGUCCAGUGAAAGCAUCCUCUGCAAACUGCGUUAAAGACACAAAGGAGUAUAUUAAGCCUCAGUCUCCUGUUACCUCAGAAAAGACAUAUUCAGUAGAGAGUAGUUUAAGAUGCGUGCAAGAAUCUGGAAUGUCAAGUGAUACUGAAAAUUCUUGUAAUUUGAUGUUAAAAGCUGAAGAUGUGCAAACCCACAACUCCUCCAGAGGAAGCAGUCCUUCAGGAGAUGUUGGUGAGGACCUUCUUAAAGAUACGCAACAGAGCAAACUAGAUGAACUUUUGACAAGUUUGGAUGUGGAUGAAAAGCUUGCAGAUGGAGUGCCUGAUGUUGAAGAAGAAAGUAAGAGUGAAGCUGAAAAAAGUGACUGUACAUACAAAGUGAACUGUGAAUUGCUAUCAGGAUUGCCACUGAAUGACCGAAAAGUAAAUCUCUUCAGUGAAGCUACAGAGAUGAAAUCCUGGGCAAAUGGUUACAAAUCUUCAGAAAGAAGUACUUUACUGCCAUGUAAGGAUGGUCGAGAUUUUGAGCUGUGGAAGAUGGAGAAAAAUGCAAUUGCUUCUCAUUCAGUCCAGCAGAUCCUUGAUGCACUUAACCUGCCCCGUAAAUACUGCAGAUAUUAUUUCAUGACUUUACGUGGGUGUGAAAGAGCAAAAUGUUGGUUCUAUCAUGUUCCAGGACAAGGGGAUGAAAAGAUUUGCAUGGCAAUUCUUAGGACAUACAUUAGUAUCAAAGAAUCAGGCCUCCUAAAACGUGCAGUCCAAAUAUUUGUGCAGUAUUACAAAGAAGUUGCUCCUGGUGUGGAUUUUGCUUCUGAAGUGCUGAAUGAUCUUCUUGUUUCAUUGCUCAAAAACAGUUUGUUGCAGGAAGUAUUUCAGAUAUUGAAUGUAAUUGUUCAAAUCAAGACACUGCCAGCUGUAGAUGUUCUUCUGAAAGUUUUUGAGCAUGUGGCUUCUUUGAAUAUAAGAAAUGCUGUGCCUACGUUAAUCAAUACCUUCUGUAAGCUCAUUGAUGCUGGUUUGUUCCUUGAAUUAGAACAUUUUGACUACAUUAUUAAGUUACUUCACCAAUUGCAAGUUUCCAGUUGGGAAAUGACUACUGUUUCAAACAUAAAAUCCAGAUUUAAGGAAAAAUACUUUGAAAAGACAUGGAUUUUUGACUUCAACUUGGCUGUGGCUGAAAUUCAGCAUUGCAAGGAAAAAAGGGAUUGGACCAAGCUGGGAGCUUUGUAUCUUAAUGCAAGAACUGGAUGUGAACAUUUUGAUGAUCUUCAGAAAUUGUUUUUAUCUAUUGCUGAAAUUCUAACUAAAGAUUCUGAGACAAAUAGACCAGGAGUCCCUUUUUGUGAUUUUGCUGAUGCAGUAAUGAAAAAUUCACACCAUAAUAAAGCAGACGGACUUUUCAUUGGAAGGACUGGGAUAAGCGUAAUGUAUUCGUAUCACAAAGUACUGCAGUGGGUAAAGGGAAGGAAGGUUUUGGAUAAACUGCAUGAGCUACAGAUAAAUUUUACACUCUUGAAAGGACUUGUAGGUGCAGGGAGGUCAGCAUCCAGAUGUCAGAUUGUUAAUAAAGCUGCAGAAAUCUUUCUUCAUUCUGGAAAUUUGGAUGGAGCAAUAAGGGUAUUGAGAGAGUCAGAGUGGAUCACAGAUACACCAUUGUGGCCCUGUGAUAAAAUGGACAUCCUCAAUCGACAUAAUCUGUUAUGUGCAAUAGUGCAUAAAUACUUGAGGAAGAGUUUGUACAGGCAGGCAUUUGAAGUUCUGCAGAACUUACCAGGCUUGCAGAAACAUUCUGAUACUGUAGAUGCUUCUCAAUAUAGCUGCCAUUUUAACAAGCUGAUAAAUGCCUGUUUUGAGAACAAGAACCUUGGGGUGUCGUCUUCUGCAGUAGACUUCAUGCUUUCCAAAAAAAUUGCUAUUGAUUUUGUUUUACUUAGAGGAUUAAUCACAGCUUUGGGAAGAAGUUCUUUAUGGUCCAAAGCUAGGACCUAUUACAAAAAUGCUUUAUCACUGGGUUGCUACCCAGAGCUGCAGGGAAAUUUAUAUCACAGACUUCUGAACAUUCCAUCUUACCUGUCUGAAGUUGAAAUGCUGUUGACCAUUGAAAUAUUUCUUGUUUCAAAUGCCAGUGAUAUUCAAAGUCCAAGGACUACUAGUCUGACACUUCAAAUAAUACUGAAAAGAUCUGAAGAUACUGUUCACAAUAACAGUGCCUAUCAAGGGGCAGUGGAGAGGCUGAUCCAAGCAGCUCGUUUAUCUGAUCCAAAGCUUUUUCUUAAGCAUAUGACAAUGAAUGUUAAUAUGGAAGAAGUUUACAGCCUGGAGCAUUCAUCUGCUCUAAAAUGGCUUCAGGAGAAUAUGAAAUGGGCUGAGAAGGUUCUGCCAACUGCAUGAUGAAAUGGAGACUUCCAGCAAGCUUGUUCCACUAUUCCUGCUUCUUCAGGAUUUCUGCUUUUUUUCCACCUGAAAAUCAAUCCUAUUCAAAGCAUGAGUUGCUUUAGUCACACUCUACAGCCUGAGUAAGAAGAACCAAACAUUUAAUACCAGAAAGCCUCUCAUAGCAAAACAAUACUGUCAAAGUAAUUUGCCUUUGUCAAAGUUGAUAGUUACUGAGCUUGCCACUUUUUGUAGUGUUGUUAGUUUAGAUCUCCAGCACCAACCUUCAUAAACUUGCCAGUAAUACAGCUCUCCAUCCCUUUUAAAGCCUUUUGUUCUGAACACUUAAGCUCUUUUGGGUAUAGAAGUUGAUGAGCUUUUAGGCUGUUCCAUUUUAAGUGAGAUUAAGAUGGUGGCACAGGACCUCAGUGUUUGAAAACUGUCUCUCCUUUGGGGUACCGUAAGUCUCCUCCCAGUUCCUGUAUCAUUAUGCAGGUGUCCUUUGCAGCUCUAAAUCAUGAAAGCCAUCAUGACCUUAGUACUGGGUGUUUGUGUGGAGGGUUUUGGUGUCAGGGGCUUUUCUCUUUGCGGGAGGUUGCCGCUGCAGUCUUGGGGUUUGUGCCAUUAAUCUGAUGUCAUGAAUCUGAUGGUCAGUUGUUGGAUUCAUGACCUCCUCAGGGCCAGGUCCUGGUGAAUACCACUUCUCACCCAGUCUGUUAGGGGAUUGAUACUGCAAGAGAGAGGAUUGAAUCUGAUGACCACCAAGAUCACUUUACUCCUGUGUGCCACCUGUACAGAAAAAUGCUAGGAUAGAGGCUCUUGUCCUUUCACUGGGUAUCAUUCUUCUAUAGGGAUCAUCUGCCUGCCUUGUGAAAAAUGGUAGAUCCAGUACAAAUGGUACCAGAUGGCUUUUCUGCAGGAGCCAUUCACCUCAGUCUUAGAGUACAGUUGGCACUGGUCAAAUCCAACUGGAUUCUGCUGAUUUUGCUUCCCAGUAGCUGAAAGGCUGUGUAAGAAGUAAUCAGGUCGCAGGUAAGGGAUCUAAACUGAUGCUCCUGCAGCCACUCCAGCAUUAGGGAAGAGUGCAAUUUGGGAGGUUCCAACAAACUAAAACUGGUAGUAAGAGACAAAGUAAUUUUUGCUAAUUACUUGCGAGAUCCUUUGUGGCUUAAUCUCCCUUGAAAUUAGACAAGGGUUAUCUGACCCUCAGCUAAAUCCCACAUUUCUGUGAGUGGUACCCGAUGUGGCUAAUAGUGUGUUUGACAGACACAGAAGGACAGAAUUCUCAUUGUAAACUGUAUGGCUUCAAAACUUGGGAUGUUCUAGAGACAGCAGAUUUUUUUCCUCUGUAAGCAACCUUGAAUUUUCACUUCGAUCAUCCCCUGAACAAAACUCCAAAUGUUGCUUUAUUUUUCAGACAGAGGUUAAUCAUUGACUUUCAAGCUUAACUUGGAACAGUGUAAAAUUUUUGCAAUGUUUUGGCUCCAUCUCCUGAGUGUCAUCUUCAGCUGAUAGGAUGUAAUCUCAGUGUUUUAUAUUAACAAGCAAAGCAAGCUCCUCACAUCAUUGCUCAGUUUUGUUACAACUGAGCUUCUGGUGUUUGUGUCAAUAUAGUGUUUCUCCCUGUAUCACCAUGAUAAACCAGUAGGCAACUGAAACAACUUUGUUGUUAAGUCCCUGUAUUUCACAUUUUUGUUUUGUGUGGGUCCACAUGAGAUACAAUGCAAAUCUGGUCAUUUUGAUGUGUAUCAGAAGGCCGGAAAGGUUUCUUGAGUAACAUUCUCGGUAUUUUGGUAACAGAAAUUCCAUGUGCUAAACAGGAGAAAACUCCACUGUGGAAAAGAAACGAGCCUGGAAAGAUGGAAAAAAUAUCCUGAAGAAUAAAGUUAAGUACAACAGAGGCAAUGCAGUUUUGCAAAGCCAGCCACUCAGUAGAUAAUAUCCAUAUUUUUGCUUUCUCCCAGUAUAAGUUAAGCUGAAAGAAUGUCUAUGUUUGACAUUAAAUUAUUUACUUGGUAUAAUUUUUCAUAUAGGAAAUAAAAUGUAUGUUUAUCUGUUUGCAGAGAGAGAUGGAAAAAUGUGCGAAUAAAAACUUCCUUGUGCUGUGCUCAGUAGCUUGGAGCAGACAGUGCUGUGCUCCUUCAGUAUGUUGUUUGAUGUGUAAGAAAUUCCCUCUGUGAAAAUCUUUCUUCAGUUUUCACUGAUGACACUGUCUUGGAAAGAUUAUUUUUGUUGUGUAUGAACAGUUUCUUGUAACAAUAACGAAUAAUGUGGUUUGUAAGACUUACUGAAAUUUCAUUUCAAUAUAUUGACAAUUUUGAGAGUUUCAAAAUGUGGGAUAGAGGUGAGAGCAAUGAGGGAGGGAGAGCAUUUCAGAGGAGUUGCUGUUA